AUGCCCCUCUUCUUCCCUCUCUCAGAAGACUCGCGUGAGCGCAUCAACCGCAUCAUUGCCAUCGGCCACAAUGUGGUUCACUACGGAUGGGUACCCUUUGUCCUCUACGUUGGGUACACGAGGAGUAGCCCGCAGCCUAGCCUGAUCAAGUGAGCGAGCAGAGAUAGCAGAAGCUGGAGCUGAGAGUAUGUCUGACCCUUGCUCUCUGUCUCCCUUGCGAUCCGUGCAGGCUCAUCUCGCCGCUGGCUUGAAGAGAAGAAGGAAGAUAUAAGGAAGCAAGAUGGACGGGGUCGAUGCGAUUAGGGUCGAUACUCGAGACGGUCUCUCAC